GCCGCGCGGGGGUACUGCCGCUGCGGUGAACUCCGUCUCGUCCGCUCGCCUCAGCCCCGCCAGCGCUUCUCUAAAGUGGUGGAAGCUGCGGCCCGGUCAGGCCGUGCCCCGUCGGCAGGUGCUCAGGUCCUCGGCGCAGGUGCGCGCUCUUCCGGCACCUGCGCACGGUUCACCAGCUGUUGGUGUGUGUGCCCGCUCCCUUUCGCUUCCACCGGCGCUGUCUCCGCAGCCCCUUGUGGUAAUAACGUCUCGAGGUUUCCCUGCCACAGAACAUGCUUGCCAGUACCCACUGGAAACUGACUAAAUAUAACUAAUUGAAUUUUCACAGUUGUACGAGUUCUACGUUUUCCUGUGCUGUGAUUUUUGGUGAGUGUUCUUUAUUCAACUUUUCUGCAACCUCGUGCUUCUGUAAACUUCAUCCGUGCCUCUCUGUUCCCUUUCACGCUCCCAGUCCCGGCCUCUCUGGGCCUGCCCUAACUCCCCUAAACCCGUUCUGUGAUGCAGUGACUGCAUCUCCGAGCAACACUCAAGACACAAGUGCACCAGCAGCUUACAUCACAGAAAAACAGCCAUCUCUGUCUUGUACUGGCAACACACAGCAUUUUGUUGCUUCUCCAACUGCCCCAGCAGAGAAUGUGUCUCCAAGUACAGUCACUAACACCUUGGGCUCUGUCCUGCAGUUGCAUUGUCAGGUUCCAGUUCAGCCCUUGGUAAUUUUCUUUGGAUACGUUACCUUAUAUUUAGCCAUACAGAACCAAAUAGACAACCCCUUUUGUAUCUUUUUGCUGGAGGCCACUUCAGACUAUAUGAUUGGACCUUUAUUCUGGUGAUGAUGUCCUGCUGCCAGUCUGUCCUUCCAUCCUGGCAGGCUCCUUACUACAGCAGCCAUCACCUGCCAGCAGAGGAGGUGACAAAUUACUCCUGUGGUUAUUGGUGGUGGCUGGAGUGAAACAAGUGUCCAGGAUCUCACCCAUGCACAAGUGUCAUCAUUUCUCAGGGCUGAUAAGGGCAGAGCUGAUUCAGGAAAGAGAGAAAAGUAAACAGCAGGACAAUUUGGAAAUACAGAAAACUCCACAUUCACAGUAAAUGCUUUUAUUCAAGAGUUUGACCAAACACUGCCUGGAAAAGCUCUUUGACUUCACAGCAAAAAAAUUUGCAAAAAAUAUACUUUCAUUACAUUUAGGAAAACACAUUUUUGGGAAAAAAAGUUACAUUGUAAGGUCUCAGAUACAGUACUUGAAUAUGUGCCCUGAGAGAUACAAAUUUUUCUCUAAGAUGCAGAAAUACAUUUCCUCCAUCUGUAAGACUGAUGGCAACACUGUUUCACUCUACUGUCUCUACAGGAGCAACAACAACAACCCUAUCGAUUUACAUGGUGAAAAGCCUAUAAAGUGCACCUCAGCACUGUAGGAAAACACUCUCCUCAACAUUUUGCCUGAUUCCACAAAGGACUGGAGAUCUGAAAAUGCAUCUUAAAAUUUACUUAGGUUGAGCUCUCAGGAUGGACUCGUACCUCAUCCAAGUGAAUGGCCAUGGAGAUCAUGCCCCUAUGCUAGAUGUUCAUCUGAAGAACACUGGGAAUACCAUAUCACCAGGGAAAGUGAAGGGUCGGAAGCCAAGAUGGGCUGUCAGGGCUUCUGAAAUGUCAAAGAAGACUUUUAAUCCUGUUCGAGCCAUCGUAGACAGCAUGAAGGUGGAGCCCAACCCAAAGAAAGCCAUGAUCUCUUUGUCCUUAGGAGACCCAACGGUUUUUGGAAACCUUCCCACAAAUGAUGAGGUCACACGGUCUGUGAAGGAGGUUUUGGACUCAGGACAGUACAAUGGUUAUGCUCCAUCUGUUGGCUACCAGUCCUGCCGGGAAGCUGUGGCUGCAUACUACAACUGCCCAGAAGCACCACUGAAGGCCCAGGAUGUCAUCUUAACAAGCGGCUGCAGCCAGGCCAUAGAGCUUGCCUUGGCAGUGCUGGCCAACCCAGGCCAGAACAUCCUGGUGCCACGGCCUGGCUUCUCCCUCUACAAGACUCUGGCAUUGUCUAUGGGGAUAGAGGUCAAACUCUAUAACCUCUUGCCAGAGAAGGCCUGGGAAAUUGAUUUGGAACACUUGGAGUCCUUGGUGGAUGAGAAAACAGCUUGUCUCAUUGUGAACAACCCAUCAAACCCUUGUGGCUCUGUGUUCAGCAAGAGCCACCUCCAGGAGAUCCUGGCAGUGGCAUCAAGACAGUGUGUGCCCAUCCUGGCUGAUGAGAUCUACGGAGACAUGGUAUUUGCUGACUGCAAGUAUGAACCCAUUGCAACUCUCAGCACCAAUGUGCCAAUCUUGUCCUGUGGUGGCUUGGCAAAGCGAUGGCUAGUCCCUGGCUGGCGGAUGGGCUGGAUCCUAAUUCAUGACAGGAGAGACAUCUUUGGUAAUGAGAUCAGGGAUGGCCUUGUAAGACUGAGUCAAAGGAUCCUAGGACCCUGUACGAUUGUCCAAGGAGCACUGGAGCGUAUCUUGCACCGAACACCACCUGAGUUCUACCACAACACCCUAAGCAUCCUCAAGUCUAAUGCUGACCUUUGUUAUGCUGCCUUAUCAGCUAUCCCUGGCCUUCAGCCUGUGAGGCCUGCUGGAGCCAUGUACCUGAUGGUUGAGAUUGAGAUGGAGCAUUUUCCGGAGUUUGAAAAUGAUGUGGAGUUCACUGAGCGACUCAUCUCGGAGCAGUCUGUGUUCUGCUUGCCAGCCACGUGCUUUGAGUAUCCAAACUUCUUCCGCGUAGUGAUCACCGUGCCUGAGGAGAUGAUCUUGGAGGCCUGCAGUCGCAUUCAGGAGUUCUGUGAGAUGCACUACCAGGGUGCUGAGGGGGCCCAGGAUCUGGAGUGUGACAAGUAGCUGCAGCUGGCCCCCUGCCUCUGUCAGGCUAGACCUUGUAUGAGGCAGCAGCUGGGCAGGCAAGGCUGCUUCCAGCCAGCCCCACUCUGCCCUUAAGCAGUCACUGUCCUGCUGCUUCACUUUUUGUGCUCCACAGACUCCUCAGCAUUAUGGAAGGAAGAUGACACUUCUCUCUCCUCCUCCAUUAGAGCUUGGACAUCCUCUUGCUUCCAGUCCCCCAUGUCUCUGUAAACUCAACAUCUGUGCCCUUUCUUGGUCUGUGCUACCUGUGAACCAGCUGCAGGCAGGGGCAGAAGGUUGUUCCUGAGCUGGGCCCUGUGGCAAAAGCCCUGUUGGCCUGUGGCUGCUGUGCUGGCCACACCUCCCGCUGGGGACAGGAGAAGGCUGCUGUCUUGGAGGAUAAGAGAAAAGUACCCACAUCUCACCUGUGUUACCUUAGGAGGCCAGAGCUCUUUAUACUGAGCCCUUUGUGUGAUAAAGAGAAUAAGUUAUUGUAACUUUUUUUAUUAAUAAAAAUUCUGA